ACGGUUAUAAACGGUUACAAAGAUGACGACUUCAUGGAGCGAUCGACUGCAGAAUUAUGCCGAACUUCCCGCCAAUAUGGAUGGUUUGUCGAUGAAGAAGUACAGAAGGGAGGCCUAUCACAGCUCUCCACUGGAUCUGGCCCAGUGUCAUCCUGCAAUGAGAGUUUUUGUCAACAGAAGUUUGGCCAUGGAGAAGAUAAAAUGCUUUGGUUUUGACAUGGACUAUACUCUAGCAGUGUACAAGUCUCCGGAGUACGAGUCCCUGGGCUUUGACCUGACCGUGGAGCGUCUGGUUUCCAUUGGUUACCCACAGGAACUCCUCAACUUUGUCUACGAUCCUGCUUUCCCCACCAGAGGCCUUGUGUUUGACACCAUGUAUGGGAACCUGUUGAAAGUGGACGCCUAUGGGAACAUCUUGGUGUGUGUACAUGGCUUUAACUUCAUGCGUGGACCAGAAAUAAGGGAGAUGUACCCAAACAAGUUCAUUCAGCGUGGAGACACAGAACGCUUCUACAUCCUCAACACGCUGUUUAAUCUCCCUGAAACCUACCUCUUUGCCUGCCUUGUUGAUUUCUUCACCAAUUGCACCAGAUACACAAGCUGUGAGACAGGCUUUAAAGACGGAGAUCUCUUCAUGUCAUAUAAGAGCAUGUUUCAGGACGUGAGAGACGCCGUGGACUGGGUCCACUUUAAGGGAUCAUUAAAAGAGAAAACAGUUGAGAACCUGGAGAAGUAUGUGGUGAAAGACGCCAAACUGCCCCUGCUGCUCAGCCGUAUGAACGAGGUUGCCAAGGUGUUUCUCGUCACCAACAGCGACUACAAAUACACCGACAAAAUCAUGACUUAUCUCUUCGAUCUCCCUCACGGUCCAAAAGCGGGCAUGCCCCAUCGGCCGUGGCAGUCCUAUUUCGACCUGAUUCUGGUGGACGCCAGGAAGCCUCUGUUUUUUGGAGAGGGCACGGUGCUGAGACAGGUGGACACGACCACUGGAAGGCUGAAGAUUGGGACCUACACCGGCCCCCUGCAGCACGGCAUCGUGUACUCUGGAGGUUCCUCUGACAUUGUGGGUGACCUGUUGGGGGCCAAAGGGAAGGACAUCCUGUACAUCGGCGACCACAUCUUCGGCGACAUCCUCAAGUCGAAGAAGCGUCAGGGCUGGAGAACGUUCCUGGUGAUUCCGGAGUUGGCUCAGGAGCUGCAUGUGUGGACGGAUAAGAGCGCUCUGUUUGAAGAGCUACAGAAUUUGGACAUUUUCCUGGCAGAACUCUACAAACAUUUGGACAGCAGCAGUAAUGAGAGACCAGAUAUCAGCUCCCUCCAGAGGAGGAUCAAGAAAGUGACUCACGACAUGGACAUGUGCUACGGCAUGAUGGGAAGUCUGUUCCGUAGCGGCUCGCGUCAGACGCUCUUCGCCUCUCAGGUGAUGCGUUACGCCGACCUGUACGCCGCCUCCUUCAUCAACCUGCUCUACUACCCCUUCAGUUACCUGUUCAGAGCCGCCCACGUCCUGAUGCCUCAUGAGUCUACAGUGGAGCACGCUCACGUGGACAUAAACGACACGGAGUCACCCAUGGCAACGCGAAACCGCCACUCCAUAGACUACAGAGACCAGGAGCGAAAGCGCCACCAGCUGACACGCUCCAUCAGCGAGAUCCAACCCCCCCACCUGUUCCCCCAGACGCCUCAGGAGAUCACCCACUGUCACGACGAGGACGACGACGAGGAGGAGGAGGAGGAGGAGGAGGAAGAGGAAGAGGAGGAGGAGGAGGAGGAGGAGGAGUAAACAGGAGAGAAGGGGAAUGGGGCACUCCCCCGAAAGCUU